UAGCUACUGGUAACCACUUUGGUUCUUCUGCGGAGUAGCAGCUCCUGUAGAUAUAUACCACUAUAUCAGAAUGGACUCCCCUCGCGGUGCUCCACCUUCUUCCGGCGACGCAAGCAGCAGCGGCGGUGGCGGCGACGACAACAGCAACGGCAACGGCGCGCGGCUGUUCCCGUGCCUGUUCUGCAGCAAGACGUUCCUCAAGUCGCAGGCGCUGGGCGGGCACCAGAACGCGCACAAGAAGGAGCGCGUCGCCGGCGGCGGCGGCUGGAACCCCUACGACACAUCCUACGCCGCCGCGCUCGAGCUCGACGAGCUCGCCGCCGGCAGCGUCGUUGUGCUUCCCGCCACGUCGACGCUCGUGGCGGGCGCCCCGCACUGCCGCGGCGCUGGGGAGGCGUCGAACUACAGGACCGCCGCUGACGACGCCGCGGCGCUGCGCUUGGAGCUGGAGAGGUGGACCGGCGCCCACGCGCCGCCGCAGCAGGCGGCCCUCCUGCGCGACGCCGGCGCCGCCGGUCACGACCGGGGUGCCGGCCUGAUCGAUGACGAGGUGCUCAACUGGACUAGGGGAACUCAGGUGAUGUCGGCAGCGGCCUCCAUGGCGGCGCCGGACACCUCCGCCGCCGGCGAGGAGCCCGACCUCGAGCUGAGGCUGUAGCUAGCUCGAUCGGCGACGACGAGCGGCGCGUGCAUGUGCUGCUGCAGCUCAAUCAUCCGAUCCACCACCAUCCUGUAAAUUGUACGAUUGCCCAGCGUUGUCGAUCAGUCCUGUACGUUUUCUCUUGCUUGCUUGCUCUGCUGUUGCAUGAUGUGCAUGCUUGUACUAUAUGGACGUAUGAUGAUACUGUAUACGAUUAAGAUGCUGCUGUUUGUGCAUCUCUCAUUUUUUUCUACUCUAUUUAGCAAAAGUUUUAAAGUUAUCUA